UUCGGUGCGGUGAGGCGGGUUGGGCGUUGUCCGCUCCGGCUUUCAGUCUUAGAAACCUCGCAGAAACGGAGCUUCUGAUUUUCCAGCAUCUGCGCCAGAUGUUCGGUGUGGGUGUGCAUCGUGUGUGUGUGUGUGUGUAUAACAAAGUGUAUGAGUGUGUGUUUGUGCUACAGGGAGGAGGCGGAGGCGGAGGAAGGCAGGCAGGCAGGCAAUAGGUCUACAGCAGCGAAGGGAUGCUUAUGGCUGAAGAAGUGCGGCUAGCACAGGCGAAAAACCACACCUGUCAUGUAAAUACUCAUCGCGUCUAAAAGCCAUGGACUCGGUGGGGGUUCUCUUGUGGCUUAUUCUAGCCCCAGUGGUCACCAUCGUGUCCCGGUCACACGCGGACCGGAACGUCUACCCUUCAGCUGGAGUGCUGUUCGUUCAUGUGCUGGAGAGAGAAUAUUUUAAAGGGGAAUUUCCUCCUUAUCCAAAGCCAGGGGACACCAGCAAUGAUCCAAUCACCUUUAACACCAACCUAAAGGGUUAUCCAGACAGACCAGGGUGGCUUCGCUACAUCCAGAGAACUCCACACAGCGAUGGAGUCCUCUAUGGAUCCCCUACAGCAGAACAUGUGGGCAAGCCCACCAUCAUUGAGAUUACUGCCUAUAACAGACGCACCUUCGAAACUGCCAGGCACAACUUGGUUAUAAACAUCAUGGGUACAGAAGAGUUCCCGUUGCCCUACCAGGCUGAGUUCUACAUAAAAAACAUGAAUGUGGAGGAGAUGUUAGCCAGUGAGGUGCUAGGGGACUUUCUGGGUGCUGUGAAGAAUGUAUGGCAGCCUGAGAGGCUCAAUGCCAUCAACAUCACUUCUGCGCUGGACCGGGGGGGCCGUGUACCCCUGCCCAUUAACAACCUGAAAGAAGGAGUGUAUGUGAUGGUGGGAGCGGAUGUGCAGUUCUCUUCAUGUCUGCGUGAGGUGGAAACCCCUCAGAACCAGCUGCGUUGCAGUCAGGAGAUGGAGCCUGUUAUCAGCUGUGAUAAAAAGUUCAGAGCCCAGUUUCACAUAGACUGGUGCAAGAUCUCGCUGGUGGACAUCACUAAGGUUGUCCCUGUGCACAACAGCCGUCCAGAUCCAGGCACAGGAGUGCUGCCGGACAUUGGAGAGUACAAUCCACCCUCAGAGUCACUGAAGAGUAGGGACUAUUUUACUGACUUCCUGGUCACGUUGGCUGUGCCCUCCGCCGUUGCCCUGGUCCUGUUCGUCAUACUGGGUUAUUCUAUGUGCUGUCGUCGGGAAGGGGUGGAAAAAAGAAACAUGCAAACACCAGACAUUCAGCUGGUGCACCACAGCUCUAUUCAGAAGUCUACGAAGGAGCUGCGUAGCAUGUCAAAGAACAGGGAGAUCUCCUGGCCUCUGUCCACACUGCCUGUCUUCAACCCUGUGAGUGGGGAGGUGGUCCCGCCCAUUCACCCAGACAACUACGAGACCACCAGCAUGCCGCUCAUGCAGACCCAGACAAAUCUUCAAAAUCAAAUCCAGAUACCACAGCAACAGCCUUCAGGAGGUAAUUACUGUAUGUCAACAUUUCGAAGACUGGAGGUAAAUGGUAUUCCUGAAGAGAGGAAAGUGGCUGAAGCCCUGAACUUGUGAUGGAAUUUCCACUCUUAGUUUUUUUGCACCCAUGUAUUCAUGUUUCUAUUUUGUGCCAAGUGUGCAUGUGCUAGCUCUGUGGUCCUGUUCACUUGUGUAACAGAGUGCAGUACAAGUUAAACAUGCUCAAACAAAGCACCUGGAGUUGUAAUGAUAAAUACACUGACAAGAGAGUAUUUUCAGUAACUUUAUCAGAUCCUGUCUUAUUUUAUAUUGAAAAUCUUUUUUUAAACUUGUUAAGGGUCCACCAAUUAUAGAGACACUUUUAAGAGGCAUGGUGACCAGAACAGACUUUUUGUUGUUGGAGCCCUGUUAAGUAGUAAUUACUGUAUGUCUAUCCAUCCAAAAGGCAUUUCUUUUUAUUAUUGUAUUAUUCUGUCUUUGUAUUAUUUCUUUCUUUCUUUUUUUAAACAGGAUGCAACCAAAUUGUACUUUUAAAGAGCUUGUACAUUAAUUUUACUGCAGCACUGCAGGUGGCAGUAUUAAUGUCUAUUAAAAUGCAGUCCAAUGGGCGUAACUGCUCAAAACAUCUCUGUUUGUCAAACUAAGCCUGGCAGUAAAAUGAUGAUUCACUGAGUCAGGUGUGUUUAAACAAGGAGAUCAUGUGCAGGAAUCACUCCAGGACUGGGGUUCCUCAUCCUGGAUGUAGGCAAAAAGAUUCCACCAGUCAUAUCUGGGACCCAGUUACAGUGCACAAUCAUUUUAAAACAAGGUGAAUCACGCUUAGUCUAAAGUGAGAAAUGAUACAGAACUAACAACCCUACAACCGUGCUAAUAAAGCUAAAGGCUAUCAGUAACAGAUUUUGAGUUACAGCACAGAGGACCCAUCAUUUGCUUUUAUUAAAUUCUAAUGCAUUUCAAAUGACAUUUCAUAUUCGCUAAUAAUACAGUACUGUGCAGAAGUCAAGAGACCACUCUUUAUAUAACCUCCAGUCAAAAACAAAUUGUUCAUUUUUCAGGAUAUUUUCUCAGAGAUUAGAUAAUAGGAAAGUAUAUUAUUGAGGAUUUUGUUUUCUCUAGAAACGUGGUCCACUUCUACAGGCAAGCAGUGGUCACACCAGAUACUGAUGUGGAAAUUCUUGAUGUGUGGUUUAAGUUUAAAGAAAAUGCCAAAAGUGUUGUGUUUCUAUUUUGUUCAGUAUAUUUACAUGUUGAGGCGUCUGUGUAAGUUCAUGUUAAAUGUGUUUACUUUUUUCUGAUGCUGAAAAAAGAACAACUUGUACUUAAUCACUAUUUUGACUGUAAAUUAAGUAUAAAAACUGCACAGUACUGUAUUAUUUUUGAAAACCGAUCAUACAGCAAUAAUUGUGGAAUAGAAAGUCUUUAACUAAUUGUAACUGAACAAUUUCAGUUGUUAAUAAUGUGUGUAACCUCACCAUCAGUCAACAAAGACAACAAUAUCAACUUUAAUGUCCUUUAAAUGUGACAAGAUUGCAAUGUUAACCCUAUUUCAUCAAAUUUUCUGACCUGUCAUUGUUCACGUUACCACAUAGUAUUUGUUGAAUAGGCAACUUUAUUUUGUUAUUACACAUUAGUAAAGAUGUUUUUGAUAAAUAAAUUAAUAAACUUAUCAAUGUAAAAA